AUGAAGUUAAUUCCUCGUGAAUUAGACAAACUAUUGCUAUCUCAAGUUGGAGCACUGGCUCAGAAACGAUUAGCUCGAGGUGUAAAGCUGAAUUAUGUGGAAACAAUCGCACUUUUAUCAUCUCAGUUACUGGAAUUAAUGCGAGAUGGCUGCUAUUCUGUGUCUCAAUUGAUGGAUCUAGGAAAGCAAAUGUUGGGCAGAAGACAUGUAUUGCCAGAUGUCAUGGAUAUGGUCAAGGAAGUGCAAAUCGAAGGCACAUUUCCUGAUGGCACCUAUCUCGUCACUGUCCAUGAUCCCAUCUGUACUGAUAAUGGCAAUAUUGAAUUGGCCUUGUAUGGCUCAUUCUAUCCAAUUCCAGACGAAUCCAAGUUUGAGUUACCUUCUCCUAGAUCUCGUGAAGAUGCUCCUGGUGCAGUUAUCGGUGUGGGUGGUCCAAUUCAGCUCAAUGUCGACAGAAAGAGACUAUCCCUCACCGUAACUAAUUUUGGAGAUCGGGCAAUUCAGGUUGGCUCUCAUUUCCACUUUAUUGAAGCAAACAAAUUCCUAAACUUUAACCGUGCACUUGCUUAUGGUAUGCGCUUGGAUAUUCCUGCUGGUUCUGCCAUUCGUUUUGAGCCUGGAGAUUUCAAAACGGUAACAUUAGUCGAGAUUGGAGGCAACAAAAUCAUCUCGGGUGGCAACAACCUCGCCUCUGGACCUGUGGAUAUGAUUAAGCUUCCUGAAAUUAUCAACAACCUGGUAUCCCUGGGAUUCAUGCAUGAUGCCAACACGCCACUCUUACCCAAUGCACCUCCAUAUCAACUGGAGCGCGACUAUUAUAUUUGCCACUACGGCCCUACCACAGGGGAUUUAGUCCGAUUAGGAGAUACAAAUCUAUGGGCUCGCAUCGAGCAUGAUUUCACAUUGUAUGGCGAUGAAUGCAAGUUUGGCGGCGGAAAAGUACUGAGAGAAGGCAUGGGUCAAGCAACAGAUGCUUGCGACAACGAGAUUUUGGAUCUGGUCAUUACAAACGCCAUGAUUUUCGACUACACUGGUAUUUACAAGGCUGAUAUUGGUAUUAAAAAGGGCAUUAUUGUCGGUAUUGGUAAAUCAGGCAAUCCUGAUAUGAUGGACAAUGUUACUCCUGGCAUGAUUGUGGGCGCUGGUACUGAGGCAUUGGCAGGCGAGGGCUUGAUCUUCACUGCGGGCGCUAUUGAUUCUCAUGUUCACUAUAUUUGCCCUCAAAUGUGUUAUGAGGCAUUGGCUAGUGGCAUCACGACCUUGAUUGGAGGUGGUACUGGACCCAACACAGGCACAAACGCAACAACGUGUACACCCGGAAAUCAUCAUAUUGAGAUGAUGAUGCAGGCAACAGAUGAUAUUCCCCUUAAUUUCGGUUUUACCGGCAAAGGCUGCUGUGCUUCCAAGGAGCCAUUGGAAGAGCAGAUCGAAGCUGGUUGUCUAGGCCUGAAGAUUCACGAAGACUGGGGCGCUACUCCUGCAGCAAUUGAUGCAUGCAUGGAAGUAUGUGAUAAAUUUGAUGUGCAGACUACUAUUCACACGGAUACAUUGAACGAAGCUGGCUUUGUUGAAUCGACUAUUGGCGCUUUCAAGGGGAGAACUAUUCACACAUACCACAGUGAGGGUGCUGGAGGCGGACAUGCCCCUGAUAUCAUCAGCGUGUGCUCUGAACCCAAUGUAUUGCCCUCUUCCACCAACCCUACUCGACCUUUCACUGCCAACACACUGGAUGAACACAUUGACAUGUUGAUGGUAUGCCAUCAUUUAUCAAAGACAAUUCCAGAGGAUGUCGCGUUUGCAGAGAGUCGUAUUCGAGCAGAGACGAUUGCUGCUGAAGAUGUGUUGCACGAUAUCGGCGCUAUUAGUAUGAUCAGUUCUGACUGCCAGGCUAUGGGUCGCGUAGGCGAAGUUGUAUUGAGAACAUGGAAGACUGCACAUAAAAUGAAGCAACAGCGAGGCAAACUACCGGAAGACGAAGGCCAGCUUGACGAUAACUUUAGAAUCAAGCGCUACAUUGCAAAAUAUACAAUCAACGUAGCACUGGCUCAUGGUAUCAGUCAUUUGGUUGGUUCCAUUGAAGUUGGCAAAGUAGCAGAUCUUGUUGCAUUUUCGCCUGCAUUCUUUGGUAGUAAGCCAGAGCUCAUUUUAAAGGGAGGCAUUAUCGUUUGGGGCCAAAUGGGUGAUGCCAAUGGCUCCAUCUCAACCACAGAGCCUAUUAUUUCCAGGCCCAUGUAUGGCUCAUUCCCAUCCAGUCUGUCCAAGAGCUGUAUGCUAUUUGUCUCACAAGUGUCUAUUGAUAACGGCAAAAUCGAUUCAUAUAAACUAAGAAAGCGGAUUGAACCCGUCAAGAACUGUCGAAAUGUAACCAAGAAGGACAUGAAGCAUAAUAGUGCCAUGCCAAAGAUUACUGUAGAUCCAGAAACUUACGCGGUUACAGCUGAUGGAGUGGAUUGUGUGUGUGAUCCAGUAUCGACACUACCGAUGACUCAAUCUAUCUAUUUAUUCUAA